AUGUUUUCUCAGCUUUCGAUAGGCUUGACCUGCCUGCUGCAGCUAUGUGGAACAGCUGCGCUACCAACCGAGCAAAAGCCAUUACUACUCAAUGGCCCCAAGAACGUCCAGGCUGUUCGGACUAAACUUCAACAUGCAGAGAUAAUUCCUACAGUCAUUGACGAUUUCCUACCUAGCCUCACACUCUCCGUCCUAUGGUCGGAUGCCAAGGCUAAACUCGGCAACACCAUUGACCCAGAAGAUCUUCAAGAACAACCCAGCAUCGUCCUCCACGAUGACACAAGUCCGGACGGGAUACACAGUACCUCCGACAUGAGCUAUGUCGUCACACUUACAGACCCCGACGCGCCAUCUCGCGACAAUCCAAAAUGGAGCGAGAUGUGCCACUGGAUUGCUUCCAACGUCACCACUGCGCAGAAUACGUUCUCUAUCCUACCUUUGCCAGAGUUUGGUCUCACUGAACAAACUGAGUCGACUGAUGGCGGCCCAGAGGACGUAAUGGAGUACAAACCUCCAGGCCCACCACCAAAGACGGGCAAGCAUCGCUACGUGUUCCUAGUCUUUGCGCCAAAGAAUGGAACAACAGAUUCGCUGCAUCUGAGUAAGCCGGAGGAUCGUCAACACUGGGGUACUGGAAAAAAGGGUGGUGGCGUGCGAGAGUGGGCUGAGCACAAUGGUUUGGUGCCUGUCGCUGCGAACUUCAUCUACUCGCAGAAUGAUAAGCAGUAG